AUGCUGGAACAUCUUCAGCCCCAAUACACGUACUGCGCCAUUCUGAGCACAGAGCCGAAACAGACAUAUUCACUCGAAAAUUCAGAUUUGAUACUCGACGCACUUUACCCGUCUCCGGCGGGACUCAUUGUCGGAGGUGCAUUCAGCGACGAAGAAGCGGAGAAAAUGGCUAGGCUUGUAGCGGCAAAGAAGACAGACAGUGGAAUGUCGAUUGAGUUUAUUAAAGUCCCCACUGGCACAUUCGAGAGCGGUGGUCCCCAGGGUCUGCUGAGGAAGGUUAAGGAGUUGUUAUACGAGAAAUUUGCACGUUAG